AUGUGCCAUGCCCUGCUACCAUCACAGCCUUUACCAAACGACGUUUUCCAAGCAUCAAAAACCAAAGCCAUCCUUGCCCUCUUGCAAGGAUGCAACAGCCUCAUAAAGCUCAAAAAAAUCCAUGCCCACGUCAUCACCAACGGUCUUCAAAACCAACCCGCCAUUUCAAACAAACUGCUCAACUUCUGUGCUGUUUCAGUCUCGGGCUGCUUAGCCUACGCUCAGCUUCUCUUCCAUCAUCACAUACAAAACCCACAAACCCAAGACUGGAAUUCCAUGAUCAGAGGCUUUUCCCAAAGCCCAUCUCCUCUUCAAGCCAUUUUUUACUACAAUCACAUGCUUUCCUCUGCUUCUGAUUCUUGUCCUGACACCUUCACUUUCUCGUUUGUGCUCAAGGCUUGCGAGAAAGUUAAGGCCCAGACCAAGUGCAAAGAGGUUCAUGGAGCCAUGGUUCGCUACGGUUAUGAGAACGACGUUGUUGUUUGCACCAAUCUUAUAAGAUCAUAUGCUUGUAAUGGUUCGAUUGAUACUGCACAGAGGGUUUUCGACAAUAUGCCUGAAAGAGACUUAGUUUCUUGGAACUCUAUGAUUUCAUGUUACUCUCAAAAGGGUCUUCACCACGAGGCCUUGAGAACGUAUAAUCUUAUGAGAAAAGAAAAUGUGGGUCUUGAUGGUUUUACUCUUGUUGGCUUGCUAUCUUCUUGUGCUCACUUGGGUGCGUUGAAUACAGGAGUUACAGUGCAUAGAAUAGCUCGUGAAAAGGGGCUUGUGGGAAAUGUUUAUGUUGGGAAUGCGCUUAUAGAUAUGUAUGCCAAAUGUGGCAACUUGGAUAGUGCUCUUAGUGUCUUUGAGAGGAUGCAGAAUCGUGAUGUUUUUACAUGGAACUCCAUGAUUGUUGGGUAUGGAGUACAUGGUCGUGGGGACGAAUCAAUCUCUUUUUUUGGACAGAUGCUGAUGGCAGGAGUGCAGCCAAAUUCCAUCACAUUUCUUGGUUUGUUAUGUGGAUGCAGUCACCAAGGCUUGGUAGAGAAGGGUGUUGAGUACUUCAAUGUGAUGAGCUCCAAGUUCAAUAUUAAACCUGGAAUCAAACAUUAUGGGUGCCUGGUGGAUCUUUUUGGCAGAGCUGGGAUGCUCGAAAGGGCGCUUCAAGUUAUUAAAACUUCGCGUGCUCAGGACGAUCCAGUCCUAUGGCGGACUCUGCUUGGCUCUUGCAAGAUUCAUAAAAAUGUAGAAAUGGGAGAAAUUGCUAUGAGGAAUCUAAUCCAGCUAGGGUCAUCAAAUGCAGGGGACUACGUACUUCUUGCUACGAUUUAUUUUAGAGAAAAAGAUGCAGAUGGUGUUGCAAGGAUGAGAAAAUUGAUUAAAACCCAGGGAGUGAAAACCACUCCUGGUUGGAGCUGGAUUGAAGUUGGUGAUCAGGUUCACAAGUUUGUUGUGGAUGACAAGUCACAUCCAGAUGCUAAUGAAAUUUAUCAAAAGCUGAGGGUUGUUGUUCAUCAAGCUGCUCUGCAUGGUUAUGUGCAAGAGGGAUCUCUUAUCACAGUGUCUGAAUUUACCUCCACAGACACAGAUUGCUUGGAAACUUCCAGUUCAUGUCACAGUGAGAAGCUGGCAAUUGCUUUUGGCCUCGCAAGAACUCCAGAAGGAACAUCUUUACGAAUAGUAAAGAACCUCAGAGUUUGUAGAGAUUGCCAUUCAUUCACAAAAUUCGUUUCCCAAGCAUUCAAUAGAGAAAUAGUUGUCAGGGAUCGAGUUCGGUUUCAUCACUUCAAGGGUGGAUUAUGUUCAUGUAAAGAUUAUUGGUGA